GUGAUAAGGUUUAAAAAAAUUAAGAAGGAGAACCCUGAUAGGCAUGCCAUAAAGCGUCACAUAUGGAAAUCCUUGGAGGACAAAAUAUUGCUCAAUAUACUCAAAGAUCAAACCUUAAAUGGGGGAAAAGAAGGAACAAGUUACACAAAAAAAGCAUGGCGUGAAAUUCAAGAACAGUUCAAUGACUCAAAGGUAGACAAACUUGAGUUGCAACAAAUAAAAAAUCGUCACAAGUACUACAGGAGUUGUUAUGCUACCAUGGAUAGACUUCUAAAACUCACUGGGUUUGGCUGGGAUGAUGAAGACAAAAUGAUCAAAGCUUCUGAUGAAACUUGGGAGGAUCUCAUUUCGAAGGAUAAGAAUCUUCAAGAAUAUCGGGAUAAAGUGUGGCCUAGUUGGACAGACCUUGAAGAGAUAUGUGCUAGCUCUACCACAUCUGGAGAUGGUGCUAUAUCUAGCAAAGGAAACGGUGAAACGACCAAAGUAGAAAUUGAUCUGAAUGAGGUAGUAGAUCUUGAAUCAAAUGAAGCAGAUGACCCAGCUGUUGGUUGUCCUAAGAAAUCCGAUACCACAAAGCCAGAUCAAAAUAAGAAGUGCAAUGCAAGUGUAUCACAAGAUACUUCAAAAGGUCGAAAACGCAGAGCUGAUGAUGCUAUAACCGCAUUAGAUCGCCUUGAUGAUGCAUCACUCAGCAUUGUUGAGUCAAAGAAAAAUGCAGCACAGCAGACAGAAGCAUACUCCCUGAAGUCAUGUAUGCAGAUAUUAAAUGGCAUGCCCCACCUUGAGGCGAAGAAAAAACUUAAAGCUGCACAAGCAUUUACAAAUUGCAACCAAAGGGCAGUUUUCAUUGAGAUGGAUGAAGAGACUCGGUCUCUUUGGAUUCAAGAUGUUGAACAGCAGUGA